AUGGCUAAGAAUAAUAAUAACAACAAGGACAAGAAUAGUGGCAAUUCACGAAAACCAAUUACUCAAGAUGAGCGUUUUAAGUCGGUUCACAAUGAUCCCAGAUUCAAAAUGCCCAAGUUAAAGAACUUAAAAGUUAAAGUUGACGACAGAUUUAGUAAAGAUGAGUUGAAAAAAUUGAAUGCUGGUGCAUUAGGGAAGAGAGUUAACAUUGACAGAUAUGGUAGAAAGAUUAAGACAGAAUCGGAUGACUUAAGCAAGUUUUACGAAUAUGAAGAGGAUACAAAAGAGGAUAAUGAUGAUAAUGAAAAACAAUCGAGUGAGGAAUCUAGUGAAGAUGAACAAUCAGAUGAUGAUUUACAAGCACUCACAGAAAAGUUGCAACAAGAGGAACAAUUUUUAGAUAGAGCAAGAGGAGAAGGGUUGGUAAGCUCUUCUGAAGAUGAAGAGUCGUCUUUAUCGUCAUCAGAUUCUGACUCUGAUGAAGAGAAUGAAGGUGUAGCCGAAGAUGAAGAAGAAUCAGAUAUUGAAAUUGAAGAAACGAAACCUGAAGAAACUGAGCCUACAUGUGCCUUUGCAGUUGUAAACAUGGACUGGGAUAACAUUAAAGCUGUUGAUUUAAUGGCCACUUUUGUAUCAUUUGUUCCCAAAGGUGGUGCUAUACAAUCUGUUACCAUAUACCCAUCCGAAUUUGGUAAAGAACGAAUGCAGAAGGAAGAGAUUGAAGGUCCUCCAAGGGAAUUAUUCAAGAGUAAGAAAAAAAUGGACGAGGAUUCUGAUUCGGAAGACAUAGAUUCCGAUGUUGAUGUGAAUGACGCCGACAACUUGGCUAGAAUUACUAGAAAGUUGUACGAAGAAGAUGAUGGGAAAGAGGACUAUGAUAGUAAGGCAUUGCGUCGUUAUCAAUUACAGAGAUUGAGAUAUUAUUAUGCUGUGGUGAAAUGCGACUCGGUUGAAACUGCUAGACUGAUUUAUCAAAAUUGUGAUGGUACUGAAUAUGAGUCAACAGCAAAUAUUUUUGAUUUAAGAUAUGUUCCGGACGAUAUGGAGUUUGACAAUGACGAAGCUAAAGAUACCUGUUCCAAGAUUCCUGCCUCGUACAGGCCCGACUCAACCUUUGUUACUGAUGCAUUGCAGCAUUCAAAAGUCAAAUUAACUUGGGAUGAAACUCCCAAGGAAAGACUUACUUUGUCUUCAAGACCCUUGUCACAGAAAGAAAUAGAGGAGAAUGAUUUCAAGGCAUAUUUGGCUAGUGAUAGUGAUGAAAAUGAAGUGGAAAAAGAUAGUUCAAUAAAAGAUAAAUAUCAAAGCUUAUUAGGGAACACCCUUACUAAAUUUGGCAAAGAAGAAAACGACGAUGAUGUGGAUAUGGAAAUCACCUUUGAUCCCGGAUUGAAUGAUAAACUGGGUAAUAAUGUAGAAGAAGGAGAAGAAGAAGGUAAAGAGGAGACAACAAUUGAAGCAUACCGAAGAAAGGAAAAAGAACGUCGUCAAAAAAGAUUAGCCAAGUUUAAGGAGUCCAAACAAACUGAAGAAGUUUCAAAAUUACAAGAAGGCUCCACCGACAAGAGUUCUAAGAGCAGAAAGAAUUCCAAGAAGACUAAAUCUGUACCCGAUAUGGAUGAAAAAUCCAAGGCUGAAUUAGAGUUGAUUUUGAUGGACAACCAGGAGGGAAAUACCAAUGAACAUUUCAGUAUGAAAGAAGUCAUCAAGUCAGAAAAGGACAAAAAGAAUAAAAAGAACAAAAAAGGUAAAAAGAUUGACCGAGAAAUGGUACAGGAUGGGUUUGUGGCGAACCUCGAUGAUCCUCGUUUCAAGGAAGUUUUUGAAAGUCAUGAUUAUGCUAUUGAUCCUACAAACAGUGAGUUCAAAAAAACAGAAACAAUGAAACAGAUUUUGAAGGAACGUUCUGUUAGAAAUAAGGAUAAGAAAAACAAGAAGAAUAGUAAAAAUACCACCAAGAUUUCAAAACGUAGUAGAUCGGAAUUAGAAUCCAAUGAUAAUGUCCAUUCACUUGCAGAAAAGAUCAAAAAGAGAAACAAGAACAAAUAA